AUGACGGCGGUUUCGACUCCGCUCAAUCGCCAACCAAGCUGGAUUCCGCUUCUCUGCGCCGUGGCAGCCCUUUCCCUCCCAAUAACCAUUCACUUUAUACGCACGCGGAAUGAUACGAUGAAUACGGCCGCGCUUACAGUAUCUCCGUCUCUUCCGUCUCUUCCGUUGUUUCUGGAGGCACAGAAAUGGGCAUCCACGGAACCAGGAAAGAUCGCUAUAAUCGAUAAAACCAAGAACCUGAGCUUUACCUAUCGCCAAUUGCUCAACGAUGUAUCCACAUUAAAAAGGCGAAUUUUGGCUCAGGUGAAGGUUCAGGAUCUCGAAGAAAAAAGAAUAGCGUUCCUUGUCCCGGCUGGAUAUGAUUAUGUCGUCUGCCAAUGGGCGGUAUGGGCGGCCGGCGGUGUUUGUGUGCCAUUGUGCACAUCUCAUCCACCAAAGGAGCUCCUUUAUACAAUCUCGGAUUCAGAUCCGUCGUUAGUGGUGCUCCAUAGCUCAUUCCAACACCUAAAGCCAGCUUUGCUAGACAGGUCCUCCAAAGCCUGCUUCAUGGAACUCUCGCCAAUUACUGAAAGCAGAGACUGCGCCUCUAUACCUAACCUUCAUCCGGCAUUUGCGCCGUCAAGAAGAGCUUUAAUGAUCUACACCUCUGGCACAACAGCAAACCCAAAGGGCUGCGUCACAACACAUCAGACGAUAACGUUUCAAGCAACAUCCCUCAUACAGGCCUGGAAAUAUUCCCCAUCUGACCACCUAAUUCAUGUACUUCCUCUUCAUCACAUUCACGGCAUCAUCAAUGGCCUUACAGCGACCCUACUCAGCGGCGGAACAGUCGAAAUGUACCCCAAAUUUGAUCCUCAAGUUGUCUGGGAUAGGUGGAGCAGCCCCGGUUCCUCGACCAUGUUCAUGGCUGUACCGACGGUUUAUUCACGACUGGUUGACUAUUUUGAUGCUCAUAUUAGAUCAACUGAUUCUGAGGCAGCGGCUAGGUCUGGUGCCGGCGCAUUGAGGUUAGUAGUCAGCGGUUCUGCAGCCCUGCCUACGCCAAUUAAGACAAAAUUUCUUGAAAUCACUGGGCAAACCUUACUUGAACGGUACGGGAUGACUGAAAUAGGCAUGGGACUCAGCUGUGGCCUAGACGUUUCACGACGUAUUGAAGGGAGUGUUGGCUGGCCCCUCCCUGGCGUGCAAGUUCGUCUAACACACCGAGAAACUGGAAAUCCAAUUCCUGCCACUUCAUGUGACGAAGACGGUAUGAUUGAAAUCAAAGGUGAUAAUGUAUUCCUUGAGUACUGGCGGCGACCAGAAGCGACGGCCUCGGAAUUUACUAGCGAUGGCUGGUUUAAAACGGGGGAUGUGGCAAGACGAGAUGCAGCAGGUGCGUACUACAUCCAGGGAAGAGCCUCCGUGGAUCUAAUUAAAAGUGGUGGGUAUAAAAUAUCUGCACUGGAAGUUGAACGGAAGAUGCUCGCAUUGGAAGAAAUACAGGAGGUUGCCGUCGUGGGAAUUGCUGAUGAAGAAUGGGGGCAACGUGUCGCUGCCGUCAUUAAGCAGAGAGAAGGGACCACAAAACUAGAACUGCAAAACCUCCGCGCAAAACUGAAGUCUGAGAUGGCAGCAUAUAAGAUCCCAAGUGUCCUGAAACUGGUCGACAGCAUCGAGAGGAACGCUAUGGGUAAAGUAAAUAAGAAGAUGAUUGUGAAAAAGUACUGGCCAGACCUUCAAGGGUGA